GACUUGUUAAAGAUAAUGUGAAAGUCCAAGGCGUCGGUCGGAAACGCGUUUCUUGGAAAAAGCAGCCAUCUGGAAAAUAUCGGAUGGUUCGCCAUAAUUUUUCUCAAUAUACAUAUUCACUCAUGGAGGUCGAUUUAUUUAUUUUUUUCUAGGACGGGAGUUUAAUAAGAUUCCUAGUGUUAUUUUACUUUUCGAAUUUUUUCGAUUUCGUUGGAUUUCAGACUAGUGGCUGACAUGGAUCAGUUCAGGACGGUGUUGGCUGUGGUGGUGGUUGCAGGAUUGAUCCGACACCAGGCUAGCGUCGUGGGUAAUUCACAUACAACAGAGACAGGCCUGUCUGAGACAGUUCCCACCACUGCAGAAGCCACACUAGAAGAAACCACAAUCCAGGAGUGGUGCCCUUUAUCCAACCUCACCGUCACCCCAGACUUCAACACCACCUACAACUACAUCAACCUGAAACUAUCAUGGAACGAAAUCAACAACAACAACACAGUGUCCAUUAGCAUCAUCCAGCAACCCCACUCUAAGUCCGACUGUUUGGCAGAAAUGAGCACCAUUGACCACUCUUUACUCAACAACAGCAUCUUGCAGUCGAAUAUGGUCACCUCACUAGGACAAGUCAAUCCCGGUUGUUCCUACACGAUCUACAUAUUUUCAGAAUACGAAAAAGGGGAGCAAAUUAACUGUGAGUUUAAUUACACUUUGCCCGACUGCGUGGAAAGCAAGUGUGAUUGUGAUAAGUAUGAGCCGAAUCCAAAAAUUCUGGACCUGGAGCACAUUUCCGGAAACAAGUUUAAGAUUAAAUGGGAUCCUGGAGACACUACGACUGGUGGCAAUUUUUACGAGAUUAGGGAAGUUCGCUUUGACUAUGUUGAGUCCAUUAACGAGGAUUUCGGAAGUUCUAGAGAACGAGCAGAAAUUAUCGAAAACGAUUUGGAAAAACACGUUUAUGAACUUCAGAUGAAGUUGUUUGAAGGAAAAAAUUACAUUCUGAUAGGGACUUUCAGAAAUAAUUUUUCUUGUUGGGCGGAGUGUACGUGGUCUUUCACAGACUUGUGUUAUAACUAUAAGCCGAAUCCAAAAAUUCUCGACCUGAAGGCCGUUUCUGGAAACAAGUUUAAGAUUAAAUGGGAUCCUGGAAACACUACGGCUAGUGGUGAUUAUUACGAGAAUAGGGAAGUUCGCUUUGACUAUGUUGAGUCCAGUAAUAGGGACUUCGAUUUUUACAGAAAAUCAGCAGAAAUUGCAGAAAACGAUUUGGAAAAACACGUUUCUGAAAUUCAGAUGAAGUUGGUUGCAGGAGAAAAUUACACUCUGAUAGGGGUUUUCACAAAUAAUUUUUGGUGUGAGGCCGAGGCGAAGCAUAACUUUUUUUUUCCAGACGCUAUUAUUGUUGACUCUGCUGUUAAAGCACACAAGAAAAGCGACUUCGUCGUUAACGUUAACAUUAUAAUUUUCGCUUUAAUCGGAGUCGUGAUAUUGAUGGUGAUUCUGAAGUUCAAGGAUAUAGUGAGAUGUAAAGCCAAAAUCCUGAAUUUCAUAAUUCCAGGAAGAAGAGGAAACCAACAUCUGGUUGCAUUACGGUCUGAAAAACUUCCGAUGACCAUUAACUUCCAGUAUACACCUGCUGAAAUUUCGGAAGGAGUGUUUGACGAAUACGAAUUCCCCAGAAACCGGAUUAUCGUCAAAGAAGUGAUAGGUAGCGGAGCUUUCGGACAAGUAUACUCUGCCAAAGCGAUAGGAAUCGGAGGCAUAGAAGGAUACAAAAUGGUCGCAGUGAAAACUUUGGGUGAAGGCGAAAACAUAACUCGAGAAGCUAUCAACGAUUUUAUAGCAGAAAUCGAGAUUUUUAAGAAAAUUGGUAAACACCCGAACAUCGUGGCUCUCUUCGGUUGUUGUACCGUGGACACCCCGUAUAUGAUGAUCAUGGAGUUUGUCCCUUGCGGCGACUUAAAAAAUUAUUUGUUAGAACUACGUGCACAGUGGCUCAAUAGAAAAAAUAUUUCCAUGAGUAGACAAAUUUUCUUUCCGGACAAUAGUGGGUCGCACUUUGAGCCGCCGUCACCCACCUCUUCAAAUUCCACAAAAACCAGCCGACUACCUUCAGUUUCUGAAAGUGUAUGUUCUAGUCCCGACGUUCCCAAUACCCCCCUGCUCGCUCACUACGCCAACGUCCUCGACAAAGUCCUCGACGACGCCGAGCUCCAAAAGUUCGCCCUCCAAAUCGCCAAGGGCAUGUCCCAUCUGGAAAAAAUCGGCGUCACGCAUCGGGAUCUCGCCGCUCGAAACAUCCUCAUCAACGAACACAAAAUCCUCAAGAUCUCCGACUUCGGUCUGUCUCGCAGCGGCCUCUACAUCCACCACAAAACUAAGAAGCUACCAUUACGCUGGAUGGCCAUCGAGGCUAUCGCGGAGCAAAGGUAUGACAGCAAGAGUGACGUGUGGUCGUUCGGGGUGGUGCUCUGGGAGAUCGGGACUCUGGGGGCCUUUCCUUACGAAAGCGUCCCGGAUUCCUUCCUCCAGCAGUUUUUACAGUUGGGGUGGCGGCUGGAGCGACCCGAGAUUUGUACCAACGAGUUGUAUGGGCUGAUGGAGCGGUGCUGGGCCCGGAAUCCUGAAGAUAGACCGACGUUUCGGGAGUUGGUGGACGCGCUGGAUGUGAAGAAGAGGAAAGUUUACGUGAAUUUCAACCAGUUGAAUCCGACGUAUAUUUUUCCUCCGAGCGAUAUCGAAAAUUUUGCGGAAAAUCCUGUGCAGAUUGUGGACAUUCAUAUGUAGUGAAAGAAUUCGAGUUUUCGGAAUAGAUAUAAAUUUUGUAGUUUCAUUAGUCUAGUUAAAUUAAACUGGUAUUAUUUUGUAA